AUGAAAAGAAGUUGCCUAGAGAAUUCCGUUUCCUCACCUCCUCUCAAAAAGAAGGCAACCUACGACAAUAUCAAUUCCAACUCUUCCCAUGUACGAAUACUUCUCGAUCAAAGUUUUAAAUCUCCAAUUUUAAUGCAACAAAUUCGUGAUGUUCCAAAAAAUGUGAAAUACGAAUUGAUUAUUCACCCUAUCCUAAAGGCCUUUGAAAAAUGUAAUCAAGACAAUGAUGAAAGGGAAUUUGCUUUUGAACAAUUAAAAUUGAAUUGGAAAAGAGAUGGACAAUAUAUUACGGAAGAAUUAUUUAAAUUUAGCAGUGAAGAUAGUAUUGACAUUGGAGGGACGUUGAAUUUAUAUAUUUAUGAGGAGUUUAGUCAAGUGGCAUGUGCACUUAAUCCUUGUUCUCUUGAUUGGUAUCAAAAAGAAUGUGGAAACAAUAAGAAAGCAGCUUUGGCAGCUGUCUCUACUUGUGGGCUAGCUCUUGAAUUUGCUUCAAAAGAAUUGCGAGAUGAUGUGGAUGUUGUGAUAGCAGCCAUGUAUUCAGAUGCUUUUUAUUUGUUCAAUAACGAUGCUAUCGAUGAUUUUGCUUGUGAUGAAGUAAUUGCUUAUGAUUUUGCUUCUCUCAGACUUAAAAAGGAAUUACACUCUGUUGCCAUUAAUAUUUAUGGUGAUUUUUUCAGAUUUCACAAUUAUGAAACGUACCAUGAUUUCAAGUUUUACUACGAUUAUAGAGAAGAGGAGAGCAAUAGUGAUGUGAAAAACAUUGUAAAGAGGUUAAUGUCGCAUGAAACGAAACCCUUCACACACAAGGAGAUGUUGGAAAUAGCCCAUGAAUUUCAAAUGUGGAAUGAAAGGAUAUUUUUAACACAGGAUUUUGAAGAGAAUUGUAAACUCAAACAGGAAUAUUUACGGGCUAUUGUAAAGGAAUGUGUUGGUUAUUCGCCACUUUCCCUUAAAAAUACAAGUGAGGAAUUUAAGGAUGAUGAAGAAAUAGUUCGAAUUGCAGUGGAGAAAAAUGGACUAGCUUUACAAUUUGCCUCUGACCGAUUGAAAAACAAAAAGGAAAUUGCUAAAAUUGCAGUAAGAUGGAAUGGUGAUGCUUUAAAGUUUGUACCUAAGGAACUACAGGAUGAUUUUGAUAUUGUUUUAGAUGCUGUUACAUUCCCCAGUGGAAAUGCAAUUGAGCAUGUCCCUAUUUCAUUAAGAAAUAAUAAGGAAAUCAUGCUGGCUUCUGUCAAAAGCAAUCCAGAAUCAAUCAAAUUUGCGUCCUAUGUGCUUAGGAAUGAUUAUGAUGUUGUAAAGGAAGCUGUUUACAGACGAGGAAGUUUACUUGAAUUUGUUGAAGAUCCAUUAAUAAGAAAUGAUAAGGAUAUUAUAAUAAUUGCUUGUUUAAGUUUGGAAAGUCCUUUUCGUUGCAUACAAGAUUUAUUUCAACAUAACAAGUCGCAUUAA